AUGACUAGGACCCAACUCAGCCUAGUCAUGGCACAUGGGCAGCCACCACUAGUGAUUAAAGAGUUACCAAAUUUAAACACAAAUCAAUUUCUAAAUGCAACGUAGGCUAAGGCCAUUCAAGCAACUCAUAGGAGACUUCUAUUUGUAGAGGCAGCAGCAAUCAACACCAUCACAACCAGGGUGUUGGUGGACUCAAAGGCCACUCACAACUUUCUAUCUAAAAGAGAAGUUAGUUGCCUCAGACUAAGAUUGGUUCAAAUCAACAAUAGGAUCAAGGUUGUCAACUCAAAACCCCAAGCAUCCGUUGGGUUAGCCCCACAAGUGAGAACUUAGAUGGGCAUAUGAGAAGACAAGUUAGAUUUUUUAGUCCUAUGGAUGGACAACUUUGAUGUCAUGUUAGGCACAGACUUUGUGGUCAAGGCGAAUGUAAUGAUCUUUCUUCACUACAAUUGA